CUUUCCAGAUGCCAAACUUUCUUUCCCCUUCUGGUCGAUCCCCAAAAGCUCUCUCUCUCUCUCUCUCUGAAGUACAAGUAUUAGUUGGGCCAGCUUCUUUCCAGAGGCCAAACGGAAAGAAUCCCUAUCAGUGAUUUCCUUCCCCUUCUGGUCGAUCCCCAAAAGCUGUUGUUUGCUUCUUAUCCUGAGCAUUUUCUCUGAAAUUUUAGCGGAAAAUGACAGAUCAGAUGAGUGGGAGCAAUGGAAACCACGGAGUUGUCUUGGAAAUGAAAGACAAUUCCAACACCAAGGAAGAAAUUGAAAGCACUUUCUUCUCUUUUCCCUUCAUUCAAAAGUUGAUCGCAGAGGUCUUCGGGACAUACUUCUUGAUAUUCGCGGGUUGUGGGUCCGUGGCGGUGAACUUGGACUACGACAAGGUGGUGACGCUCCCGGGGAUAUCGAUAGUAUGGGGGUUAGCGGUGAUGGUGCUGGUGUACUCCGUCGGACACAUCUCCGGCGCCCAUUUCAACCCGGCCGUCACCAUUGCUUUCGCCACCUGCAAGAGGCUUCCGUGGAAACAGGUGCCUCCAUAUAUAUUGGCACAAGUUUUGGGAUCAACGUUGGCGAAUGGGACACUGCGGUUGCUAUUCACUGGCAAGCUGAACCAUUUCCUGGGGACUCAACCGGCUGGUUCGGAUGUGCAAGCAUUCGUGUUUGAGUUCAUCAUCACUUUUUACCUCAUGUUCGUCAUCUCUGGCGUUGCCACCGAUAAUAGAGCAAUAGGGGAGCUCGCUGGCCUUGCUGUUGGAGCAACCGUCUUGCUUAACGUGAUGUUUGCAGGUAACGGGAGCAUCUAUGAAUCCGGCAAGGAGCUUGGGUCCGGCGAUAGUGUUUCACCACUACGACAAGCUGUGGAUCUACAUCGUGGCACCAACAACCGGGGCGAUUUCCGGGGCAUGGAUCUACAACCUGAUCCGAUUCACCGACAGGCCCAUCCGAGAGAUCACCAAGUCCGGCUCUUUCCUCCGAGGGCAGAGCUCUUCUUGAGUCAAAACUCAUUCCACCCACCCACCCACCCCCUUCCCCAUCCUCCCUCCUCUCUCUCUCUCUCUCUCUCUCUCUGCGGUCAAACUUGCUCCGCCUUUUAGUUCUCUUUUGAUUUUUGCUAAUAAUGCGUGCAUUCAUGGUGAAAAGGCUUUUCUUUAGUUCAAUUGAUGAUUUAUUCCCUUCUCUCUGGAGUUGAAAUGUUCACGCGUUGUAAUUGUAUUUAGGAAAUUACUUUUCUAAUGAUCCAAACGAUGAUUCCAACCUACUGAGGUCUAUAACCUCGGCCGGUGGUUCGCUGACAGGCCCCUCCAAUAAAUCACCUGGUCUGGUUCUUUCCUACCAAGUUUCGCCGGAA